UGACAUCCUUCCUGUUUCCCACCGACGAGGGCCCACGCCCUUUCCUUCUACGCUCCCAUUACAUCCCUCUCCUCCUUUUCGUCGUCCACAUUCUGUUCGACGUACGCGGCGGUCUGCAACCCCCUUCACCUGACGCCUCCUCGCUGGCAGACCUCUGAUCUUCGGAAUCAUGGCAGACCGUCUCUCGCAGUACUCGAUGAUGGCCAAUUUCAACCCCUCUAUGCUUCAGCCACAUCAGAUGCAGCAGCAGACGUCUCAGCAGCAGCACCAGGACAACCACCAGGCAAUGCCGCCGUUCCCAGAGCAGUCUCAUCUCUGGAACCAGAUGCAGCAUCUGCAGAACCAAUUCCGACCGAAUAAUGGGACGGAUGUGAACAGUCCGCAAAUUAAUCAGCAGAUGGCUGAUUUACUUCGGAGUCAGAACAUGGCUGCCCGUGCUCAUGGACAACAACAGCAGCCUUUUUCGCUAGGAGUUCCUCAAAUUGGCACGGGUCCGAGUGGCGGCGCAUCUCAGCAGCCGCCCUUCCAUGAUCCGCCUUCUCAGCGGCCGUCUAUUGGGUUUUCCAAUGUGGUCGGCGGUGGUAGCCUGCAAGCCCCCCUUUCUCAGAAUUCCAUGCAGGCCAGAAACGCCAUGAUGCAGGCCAUUACGGGCAACCAGAACCAUAACAGGCAACUCGAGCUCAUCGGUAUGGCUGCCAACCAGCAGAAUCAGAAUGGUCCCAUGUCAUUUAAUUCCCGUUUAAAUACUCAGCAGCGACCCCAGCAACCCCAGCAGCAACAGCAGCAGCAGCAUCAGUCGGUUAACCAGCUUGGCCAGAGUGACAUAUUCUCUCCUGCGAUGAGCACCAACGAUGCUCUGCGGCGAGCGUCUCCGGCCAACCCGUCAACCCAGAUGGGCGGGCGGCCCCACCAGUUCACUAUGGGUCCCAAUGGCGUACCACGUCCUCAGUUCACCCUUGACGUUCAAAACCGUAUUAUGACACUGCAAAGCAUGAUCAGCAGUGGCGAGAACAGCCUUCGUCAUCUGCAGAACAACCAUGCGGGAAUGCCUGAUGCGGCUUUCAUCAGCCAGGUUAAAACGCAACAAACUGAUAUCUCUAAGGCCAAAGAGAUGCUAGGAAGAGUUGUACUCAUGGCGAAUAAUAAUAAUAUGCAUAACAUGAAUACAGCGAACCAACAAUCUCACCCCCCGUCGCAACCACAAUGGAUGCAACCGCAGGUCUCCUCAUUCGGGAAUGGCCAACCUUCCCAUCAACCCCAACCGUCGAAUCUCCAGCCUAGCCCUUCUCAACACCACCCCCAGCCGCCACCUCAAAAUCACAGCAUGCCGCAAAUCAUCCCUUCUAACCGCUCUGUGUCUACCUCGCAGCCAACUCCAUCGCAAAUUUCUUUGAACGGUACUCAGUUUCCUUUCGGGAUGAACACUAGUGCUGGAGGUGGCCAGCCAGGCGUUUCCAACGGAAUGUCGAACUCGUUUGGCCUUGCACAUCCGCCGCCUUUGGAGAAGCCUAGAUUUGAGACCACAUACAUGAAUUAUCUGAACUCUAAGGGUUUGAAUCGCGACAUUAGAGCCCUUGCGACGAUCGAAAAUAGGUCGGUGGAUAUUCAUGCGCUUCAUACACACGUUAUGCAGGAGGGCGGUGCAGCUAAGGUCUCUCAGAAAGAACUUUGGGCUGCUAUUGCUGCCCGCUUGGGUUACGUUCAGUUUCCCGGUAGCGAGACGGAACCUGCGAAGUCGGGGCCAGUCACUGCUCAUCAAUUGGAGCAAAUAUACAAGGACCAUCUUGCGCACUUCGAUACGGUUUACGUCACUACCGUCCUAGAUUCGAGGCGCAAGCAGCAGGCUAGCAUGGCGGCUCAGCAGCUUGCGAACCCUGCGAACCUUACGAAACCGAUGAAUGCCGCGCAAAUGCAAAUGGUCAUGGCGUACGCCGAACUUUCUCCAGCAGAAUUGCGAGCGAAAGGCGUCCAAGAGCAUGUUAUUCAGUUUAUCGAGAAUAAUCGCGCACAGAUACAACGCACGGCUGCGGAACAAAAUAUGUUCCGUGGCAACUUACGCGGCGCACCUACGAACCAGCCCGUGCAGCAGCUGUCAGAAGGAAUGGGAAGGGUGGCGAAUAACAGACAAUUUACUACUACGCCAUCACAGAACCCUGCAGCUAAUCCUCUGGGGACGCCCCCUCCACAGUUUAUGCCAAACACGCCUUUGCAAAACGGUGCAGCGGAUGGGAGCAACAUAAUGGAGCAUCGACCCCAUCUUCCUUCGAAUAACAUUAUUUCGCAGUUCAUGCGAGGAAAUCAAGACCAGUUAACGCGAAUUUCUAACAUGUUGUCGCAGGUGAAGCAUGACUUUCUUGCCAAUCGUAUGGCUGCUCUUGGUACGGUCAGAGUUCUUCCUGAAGAGAGGAUGGCCUACAAUGCUGUGGUUGAGCAGCUGCAUCGAGCAACUUUAGAGCUGGAGAGUCAGCUCCCUGUGCUAUAUCUGUUUGCGAAUGGUAAGAACGACGUGUGGGUCAAGAGGCUGGCUGUGAUAGCUGUGACUGUCCAACAGCAGCGCAAUUUUCUGUCUGCUACCAAUCCACGAUUCAUUGUAAAUCUGGAUAAUCUUCGUCUGAUGCUCAGUGAAGUUCAGAAAGGCCAUGAAAGAUUCAAUGCUAUGGCUCAGAUGAUCAUCGCCCAGCAGCAUCAACAGCAACAGCAGCAGCAUCAGCAUCAACAGCAGCAUCAACAGCAACAGCAACAGCAACAGCAUCAACAGCAGCAGCCUCCGCUGCCACCAAGCGGAAGUAUCGUCAACGGCCCUUCUGCUCCUGGUAUGAGCAUGCCGUCUCGUCCAGUGGUUUCCCAACAGCCGAACGCCGGUCCCAUACAUCCCGGUCAACAAGUCCAUCAGCCACAGUCGCAACAUCAUUCCAAUGUUCCGUCAACCAUUAAUCGACCGCCAACGGCCGCGCCACCUACUCCAUCUUUACCUAUGAAGAAGAAACCGAUACAACCCGUAUCAUCCAGUCCUGCUGGAGCGACGGUUGCAUCUCCCACUCCUCCGCCUGUUCCAGCUGCCUCCACGCCUACCCCAAAUGCAUCGACACCCUCAGCCACGAACUCUAUCAGUAUCACCUCUUCCCCCAAAUCUCCCAAAGUCAAGGCACCCAAUAAACCUGGCAAGGUUUCCAAGCGCAGGAUCUCGAAGGCAUCGUCUACUCCAACUAUUGAGCCCGCGCAAACUCCUAAUCCCACGCUAAUCAAUGGAGUUAAGCGACCACGAGAAGAAGAGACACUUGCCCUAGCAUCUACGCCAAGUGGGGCAAGUGGAUCUGGUAUAGCCGCGACGCCGCCGUCAGGACCAUCCAUAUCUGCGGCAAGCGAGCCGUCACCGCCGAAGAAGGCGAAGACGGACUGGGAGGGACCUCCUAACGAUGCGUUGAAGAAGCGGGAGGAAACCAUCGAGAACAUUCAAACGGAAGAAGAUGCGAGUCAAUUCUUGGAGCGGAUGACGGAGCUAAUCAAGAUGGCAGGCGAGGGACAAGAGUCGACGUUGCCUUCUGAUAUAUUAGAGACCUUGGACAUGAUUUUGAAGGGUUACAGUGCGGCACCUGAUGGAAGCGAUGGGACGUCAGUUGGAGAAGGGAGCAGUACCGGUGAGCGUGUGCCGACGCCAUCCAUAGCUGGUGCAGAUGAGUUUGUCGAAUUUUUCGACUUUUCUUUGUUCGAGACGGAGGCCGUUGACGAUGAUGAAGGGUCGAAGGCGCCUACACCAGACCUUGUGCCGUCAUCAGCGAACCCCAGUCCGGAAUCUGGCUCGGAAGCGGAUGCAGCGCAUCAGGCGCUGACAUUUUCUGAUUUUAAAACGGAGGAACCGUCGGAUCCACUUCGGUUAGGCAUAUUUAAAGAGGUGGAUGGAGGAGAGUCAGCCUAUUUCCAGUCGACAGAGUGGAAAUGGGAUAGUCCUAUGACUACACUGGAACAGCCAUGGGCUAUCUUCACCUCAUCAUAGCACGGGGAUAGUUUCUAGUCGUUUGUUUAACGUUUUUUUAUAUCUUUGGAUUUGUCGUGCGUGUUUAAUUCCCAUUCGUACCUGUUUACAUUAUCUUAUGGUUCUGUCAUUCCUUGGAGUUAUUUCAUUUCUAUUUUUUCAGCGAUUUCUGUUGUCGUUACUACUGGUUCUCUUGAAUAUCUCACCCCAUCCUGCUCUGUGUAUUGCUACGUGUUGUUUUACUCGCUAUCGAUUUCUUGUCGACUGCCCGUGCUUGUCAUUAAAUAUAUAUAUUGGUCGGGAUUGGCUACAGAUGUAAACUAAUGGACUAUGGCUACAGUUAGAGAAUAAAAGUAAAACCAUGUACAAUCACUUGUGCAUUAAUGAACGUGGAUCUUUGCUGG